GGGAAUAAGGAGAGGGAGAUUGAUUUACUGCUGAGAAAAAAAAUUCUCUUUAGGAAUUCUGCACCACCAAGUUCCACAUGGCACAGAGCAUGGAAAAGAUACAGCAGAUGCAGCCGGCGUGACACUUCUGGACCAGAUGUUCAGCCUGAUGACAGUCUGGGCCCAGGUGCUGAUGGCCUCUGGCCUGGUUUAUUUCAUCCAGCUUCCUGGGGCCAGAUGCGAGGAGAACUGUGUCAACACUGAACAUUGCCUGACUACUGACUGGGUGCAUCUUUGGUAUAUAUGGUUGCUUGUGGUGGUUGGCGCACUGCUUCUCCUGUGUGGCCUGACUUCAGUAUGCUUUCGCUGUUGCCUGAGCCGUCCGGAAAAUGGGGAAGAUGGAGCCCCUCCGCCUUAUGAAGUGACCGUCAUUGCUUUUGACCACGACAGCACUCUCCAGAACACCAUUACAUCUCUGCAGUCCGUGUUUGGCCCUGCAGCUCGGAGAAUCCUGGCAAUGGCUCAUGCACACAGCUCCCUGAGCCAGCUGCCCUCCUCCAUGGACACACUCCCAGCCUACGAGGAAGCUCUUGGCAUGAGCCGCUUCACAGUGGCAAGGUGUGGACAGAAAGCUCCUGAUUUACCCUCCGUCCCAGAGGAAAAGCAGCUGCCUCCCACAGAAAAGGAGUCUCCUGGGACAGAACCCCCAUCACAUUGAUGGGGAUGCCUGUUAUCCCAAGCAUCCUUAGGUCUGAGAAGAUUCC